AAAUUGAACAAAUUGAGUUUAUUUCAACAAGAAUAGUAUUCUCAAAUAAUCUCCUAGUAUUCUAAAACGUAGUGUUCCAGCCAGUGUUCUUUGUAGUAUAGCUUUAAUUCCUGUUUUGGUAUAUUCUGUAUGGAUUCGAAAAAAUAUCCUAUUUCGAUGGAGUAUUCAGCGUUACAGGGCACAAAGAAUGUUUGCGUAAGGGUUCAGCGCUGUGAGGAAGCGUGUAUAACAUAUGAGCCCACGUCCGUGGAAGUGUCUGUGAAGAUUGAGCCGCUGGAUGAUGUGUAUGUAAAGGACGAGUCCAAACGCGAAUGUGUAUACAUACAAGCUGAGCCAUCGUGCUCAGAUGUGAGUGUAAAAGACGAGUCGGCCGGCGUGAGCGCGGCGACGGGGCUGUACUCCGAACACGCCGUUAAAGAUGAGCUCGUGCUCGGCCCCGUGCUAGUGGAGCGGCGCGUGCGCCACGCACCAACAGCUUUCAACACAGAUAUUGAAGCCAAGCAGUCAUGCGAGAUUGUCCCAGAGAGCACAGACGGAGACAGCCAAAGACAAGUUCCGGAACCUGGCGUAGAAGAACUUAGGAACACCAAAGUUGGGAAAGCUAAAAGGAACAAUCGAGUUGUGACGCGGCCAUUGCGAGAGAUGGAGACGAGUGCUGACGCCGGCAGCAUGUCGCCGGCGCGCGUGAAGCAGGAGGCAGAGACGGACCGGUCGGAAAUGCCCCUUAUUAAGGAGGAAGCCGAAUUUAUGGAUGAGGAGGCGCGUGUGAAGGAGGAGUGUGAGGACAGCACAGACGGGUGCAGCGUGAGCGAGGCAGCCAUGCUGGCCGGCCUGUACGCCGAGCACGUGGUCAAGGACGAGCUCGUGCUGGGGCCGGAGCGCCCGCACCGCCCCACAGUCGCCCCGGUGGUGAGAGCGCCCACUCUUGUCUCCUCUGCUGUGGUGUCGGGUCGGCGCCGCUCGUGCUCGGUCAGGCUGGAGCGCCUGCUGGUGGACGCGGAGCGGCGCACCUGCCGGGUCGGGCGCCGCACAUACAAGCUGCACGCCACCGAGCUCGCACCCACACCCCAUGUCACAACCACCAUCUAUCAAUGUCACCAUUGCGGCAAACGGUUCAGGAGCAAGUCGGUUUUGAAGAAGCAUGUACACACUCACUCGCCUUUACAUAAUUCAACCGUAGGGGAUUAUGGUUUAGAACCACAUCAAAUGCUACACGGUUACAAAAAACUGUAUAAAAAGGAUCACAUAAUUAUACACACAGGCGAAAAGCCUUUCAGGUGUAAAUACUGUGGCUACGAGAGUAGUAGAAAAUCAAAUUUACGGAGUCAUCUGCUGACUCACACAGACGAGAAGCCUUUCAGGUGUACAUACUGUGCCUACAAGUAUAAAAGAAAAGCACAAUUACAGCUUCACCUGAUGACUCACACAGACGAGAAGCCUUUCAGUUGUAGUCACUGUGGCUACAAGUGUAGAAGUAAAGCAUAUUUACAGCAACACCUGAUGAUUCACACAGACGAGAAGCCUUUCAGUUGCAGUCACUGUAGCUACAAGUGUAAAAGAAAAGUACAGUUACGGAAACAUCUGAUGACUCACACAGACGAGAAGCCUUUCAGUUGUAGUCACUGUGGCUACAAGUGUAGAAAAAAUGAACAGUUACGGAAACACCUGAUGACUCACACAGACGAGAAGCCUUUCAGUUGUAGUCACUGUAGCUACAAGUGUAGAAGUAAAGCAUAUUUACAGCAACACCUGAUGAUUCACACAGACGAGAAGCCUUUCAGUUGCAGUCACUGUAGCUACAAGUAUAAAAGAAAAGCACAGUUACAGCAACACCUGAUGACUCACACAGACGAGAAGCCUUUCGGUUGUAGUCUUUGUAGUUACGAGUGUAGAAGUAAAGAAGUUUUACAGCGUCACCUGAUGACUCACACAGACGAGAAGUCUUUCAGUUGUAGUCACUGUAGCUACAAGUGUAGAAGAAAAGCACAGUUACAGUGUCACCUGAUGACUCACACAGACGAGAAGCCUUUCAGUUGUAGUCACUGUACCUACAAGUGUAGAAGUAACGCAGAUUUACGGAAACACCUGAUGACUCACACAGACGAGAAGCCUUUCAGUUGUAGUCACUGUAGCUACAAGUGUAGAAGAAAAGCACAGUUACAGUGUCACCUGAUGACUCACACAGACGAGAAGCCUUUCAGUUGUAGUCACUGUACCUACAAGUGUAGAAGUAACGCAGAUUUACGGAAACACCUGAUGACUCACACAGACGAGAAGCCUUUCAGUUGUAGUCACUGUACCUACAAGUGUAGAAGUAACGCAGAUUUACGGAAACACCUGAUGACUCACACAGACGAGAAGCCUUUCAGUUGUAGUCACUGUAGCUACAAGGGUAAAAGAAAAAGAGAGUUACAGAGUCACCUGAUGACACACACAGACAAGAAGCCUUUCAGGUGUAGGCACUGUGGCUACAAGUGUAGAAGUAAUGCAGAUUUACAAACUCACCUGAUGGCUCGCACAGACGAGAAGCCUUUCAGUUGUAGUCACUGGCUACAAGUGUACAAGAUAAAAAGAUUUUCAGACUCACCUGAUAACUCACACAGACGAGAAACCUUUCAGGUGUAAACACUGUGCCUACAUGUGUAAAAGAAAAUCAGAAUUACGGACUCACCUGAAGAGAAGCCUUUCAUGUGUAGUGUAGCCACUGUAGCUACAAGUGUAGAAGGAAAUUUGGCUUACGGACUCACCUGUUGACUCACACUGGUGAAAAACCUUUCAAGUGCAAGUACUGUGACCACAGGAGCCGUCGUAAAUUCGUCGUGUUCCUAUUAAUGUAUUACUACAUGUACACUUUUUGUAUCAUUCUUACAUUUUGUUUUCAUUCGGCGAUUAAAUGCAUUGAAUUUAUCAACUUAGUGUGUCGCCUUUACAUUUAAUAUUCUUUAACUGCAUUUCAAUCUGAUAAAUUUUACUUUACUCUGUUUUCAUCUUUUGAACUCUAACACCUCAGUUAUUCUACGUGCUAAUGAACGAAGUGGUCCGAAACUUAGGAUCUAUUCUAAGGUUUCCAAUUUCAUUUACGCUUUUUUCUCUCUUUUUGUGCGCAUUAGUGCUAGUAUUUGUUUAAUUAAGAAUACUUUGUAACUAACUAUGAGUUCCUGUAAUUGGCUUUCAGUUUCAAACUUUUUGUCUAUUGUAAGUUUAAAGCUGUUGGUUCUCCUUAACGUAGAUAAAUAAAUAUAUAAAGGAAUGUAGUAUGUAGUAAAGGUCAUUUAAGCACUCA